CAGACUCUCACAGAGAGAGAGAGAGAAGAGGGAAAACGACUGAAAGCGAGAAGAAGAAAGCGGUUUCGGCCUUGGGCUCCUGGUUUAUUUAUUUAUUUAUUUUCUUUUCUCCUUUCUGCUCCACUCUCGCCUCUUCCCCUCUAACAUUGCCCCCAAUUCGCUCCACUCUAAAACCCUAAUUCUUCAGCCCCAACUUGCUGCCACUCUUGCCUCCCAUCCCUCCAAAAUUUCGCUCCACCGUUUAAGAUCGGCCUUGCCGCACUUCCAGAAUAAUUGGCUGUGCGGUCCUCGUUUGAAGUUGCUACCUUUGAGUCUGUGUCGUUCCUUGUAUUCAACAAUGGCUGGUGAAGUAGUGACCGCAAAUGGAAAUGGCAAUGGCAAUGGAAACACCCAGCUGAAUCCACAGAGGACUUACCAAGUUGUUGUGGCUGCAACUCGAGAAAUGGGUAUUGGAAAGGAUGGGAAACUACCUUGGAGACUUCCUUCUGAUCUCAAGUUCUUUAAGGAUGUCACUGUAACCACAUCAGAUCCCGGAAAAAAGAAUGCAAUUAUAAUGGGCAGAAAAACAUGGGAGAGCAUUCCCCCUGAGCAUCGGCCUCUACCUGGACGCCUUAAUGUUGUUCUGACUCGUUCUGGGAGUUUUGAUAUUGCUACUGCAGAGAAUGUCGUCAUAUGUGGGAGCAUGACCUCUGCUCUGGAGCUGUUAGCUGCUUCUCCUUACUGUCUGUCAAUUGACAAAGUGUUUCUCAUAGGAGGUGGCCAGAUAUUGAGGGAAGCUCUCAAUGGGCCUGGCUGUGAUGCAAUUCACAUUACAGAAAUAGAGACCAACAUUGAAUGUGAUACUUUUAUCCCUGCAAUUGAUUCCACUGUAUUUCAGCCAUGGUAUUCAUCUUUUCCCAAGGUGGAGAAUAGCAUUCGUUAUUCCUUCACGACUUAUGUGCGUGUGAGGAGUUCUGAAGUUGGAUCCCUUUGUGAAAACAAUGAUCUGAACUGUAAUAGUAGGUCGGAUUCCAUUAAGUGUGAGGUAAAGAAGUUCUCUUUCCUCCCCAAGAUGAUUUUCGAGAAACAUGAGGAGUACCUGUAUCUAAAUCUGGUUCAAGAUAUACUCUCAGAUGGUACUUCUAAGGAUGAUAGGACCGGGACUGGUACUUUAUCAAAAUUUGGUUGCCAGAUGCGGUUCAAUCUGCGCAGAACUUUUCCUCUUCUAACAACCAAGAAAGUAUUUUGGCGAGGGGUUGUCGAAGAACUUCUGUGGUUCCUUAGUGGUUCAACCAAUGCCAAGGUCCUUCAGGAGAAAGGCAUCCGCAUAUGGGAUGGAAAUGCAUCUAGAGACUACCUUGAUAGCAUUGGUUUAACUGGCAGGGAGGAGGGCGACUUAGGACCAGUUUAUGGGUUCCAGUGGCGACACUUUGGUGCCAGGUAUACUGACAUGCAUGCUGACUACACUGGCCAAGGAUUUGACCAGUUGUUAGAUGUUAUUGACAAGAUCAAAAAUAAUCCUGAUGAUCGACGGAUUAUACUUUCAGCCUGGAAUCCUUCUGAUCUGAAAUUGAUGGCACUUCCACCUUGUCACAUGUUUGCUCAGUUCUAUGUCGCAAAAGGAGAGUUAUCAUGCCAAAUGUAUCAGCGUUCUGCUGACAUGGGCCUGGGCGUGCCAUUUAACAUCGCGUCAUAUUCGCUUCUGACAUGCAUGAUUGCUCAUGUCUGUGAUCUUGUUCCAGGUGAUUUCGUUCACGUUUUAGGGGAUGCUCAUGUUUACCGCACUCAUAUCAGGCCUCUGCAGGAGCAACUUCAGAAACUGCCCAAGCCUCUUCCAAUUUUGAAGAUCAACCCUGAUAAAAAGAAUAUAGAUUCAUUUGUGGCAGCUGAUUUCGAACUCAUAGGUUAUAAUCCCCAUGAGAAGAUAGAAAUGAAAAUGGCUGUGUGAGGCUCUCUCAAAUUUUCAGCAGAGAGCUCAAAAAUUUUCUUUAUUAGCGGCCAAUACGGCUCUUUAUUAUAGGUGCAGGAAAUGGAGUUUCAUGUUGGUGUAGGCUUCAAUACAAUUGAAUAACUGCUAGUAGGAUAUACUUCAAGCUUUGCAUCUGUAGUAAUUAACUGGGAAUCCUUUAGUUCCAAAUAUAUGUGGUGGUUCUAAGGUGAUUUAGGAUACUUGGAUUUUGCCCCCUCCCUUCUGAGCUUGCUUUUCAGUUUCACUGUUUUCUUAUGGGCAGUGGCCAUCACUUUCCUAAUGACUAAAACUACUAUAACUACUAUAUGGUGUACUGUUAUAAGACAACAGAGUUGGAUCACAUGACUUCUUGGUGCGGUAUAUUUGGUGCAUUAUUUGUCCUCAAAGUUUAAGAUCAAUGGACUGGUCAAGUAUUAUGAUUGUACUCAGGUUUCUAUUAUUGUCA